CUUCCUUGCACACUUCUUUCAAGGUGUCCAUGACAAAUCCUUGCUUACGCUUACAAGAUCUUAGGAGGGUUGUGACCCAUGUGUCUGGCCGUUUUAUAAUUUUGAUUUGAGUUUGAGGAUAGUAAAAAGAAGACGGGGCCUUUGUUAGAGCUGAAUUGAGCUAUGGCGGCCCUUCAGAUUGGUUCCCGACUUUUGAGACGUGUUCUUCCUAGAUUCAAUCAGCUCUACAGCACCGAAACUAGUAAUAAUGCAGAUGUCGGAACAGACAACGGCCCAUUGAUUUCUUCCCUGGAUCCAUCGUCUGGAUUGAACGAUGAGCAAAGGCAAAUCCAGAAGAUGGCAACCGACUUUGCACUCAAGGAAAUGCGGCCAUAUAUGGAUAAAUGGGAUCAGGAGGAACUUUUCCCCGUGGAUACAAUGCGUCAAGCAGCGGCCUUGGGAUUUGGGGGUGUCUAUACCCGCACCGAUUUUGGAGGUACCGGCUUGAAUCGUUUGGAAGCUUCCAUAAUCUUCGAGGCAUUAUCACAAGGAUGCGUUUCAACCACUGCUUACAUCACGAUUCAUAACAUGGUUACGUGGAUCAUUGACACGUAUGGCAACGAUAAACAGCGGGAACACUACGUGCCAAAAUUGGCGUCGAUGGAGCAUUUCGGAUCGUAUUGUCUGACGGAGCCUGGAUCUGGAUCUGAUGCCGCCUCAUUGAGUACGGUGGCCAAGAGAGAGGGGGGCAAAUUUAUCGUUAAUGGCUCCAAAGCCUUCAUUUCGGGUGGAGGUGAAUCGGAUGUGUACUUGGUCAUGACCAGGACACAGGGUGAAGGGCCUAAGGGCAUUUCCUGUUUGCUCAUUGAGAAAGGCACGCCUGGAUUGAGUUUCGGAAAGAAAGAAAAAAAAAUGGGCUGGAACUCUCAACCCACAAGAGCGGUUAUCCUGGAAGAUUGUGAGGUACCCGUGGAGAAUGUCAUUGGAGCUGAAGGUCAAGGAUUCAAUAUCGCUAUGGCUGGUCUGAAUGGGGGUCGCCUCAAUAUUGCAUCCACUUCUUUGGGGGCAGCUCAAGCCAGUAUAGAAGCUACGCGAGAUCACGUCAAAGUUCGGAAGCAAUUUGGUCAAUCGCUAGCAUCUUUUCAACACAUUCAAUUUGAAAUCGCGCAAAUGGCAACGAAACUCGUGGCAUGUCGCACCAUGGUACGAAAUGCAGCGAUGGCCAUGGAUACCAAGCAUCCGGAUAUUGUGACGUUAUGCUCGAUGGCCAAACUUUUUACAACGGAUACUUGCUUCGACAUUGUGAACACCGCACUUCAACUCCAUGGCGGGUAUGGGUAUCUCAAAGAUUACCCCAUUGAGCAAUACCUCCGCGAUAUUCGUGUCCACCAGAUCCUUGAAGGCACGAAUCAAGUCAUGCAAAUCCUCGUUUCUCGUGCAGCAUUGAAAUAGCUUGUUAAGAACCAUGAUGCCAUAUCUGUUUGCCACCUCAUAGAAGCGAAACCCUUUACUAAAUCUUCUAGAAAAUAUAUUCCUGAUCAUUCUUUCUGA